AUGGCUAAAGCAUGGAUGUGCCUUUGCUUUCUCAUCUUCUUCUACCUCUCCUCAGAAAGCAACUUCAUCAAAGUCAACGCAGAGAUGAAGACUUGGUGUGUGGCCAAACCAUCUUCGGAUCAAGCAACGCUUCUUGAUAACAUAAACUACGCAUGUUCUCAUGUCGAUUGUCGAAUUCUUUCUAGUGGGUGUCCAUGUUACUCCCCCGGUAAUCUCAUAAACCAUGCUUCUAUCGCCAUGAAUCUUUAUUACCAAGCUAAUGGAAGAAACUACUGGAACUGUAAUUUCAAGAACUCUGGACUCAUUGUCAUAACUAAUCCUAGCUAUGGAAACUGUUACUAUGAAUACACAUGA